AUGGCAACCUGUCAAAAUAAAAUUAUGUUUUCCGUUAACAUUUUGCCGAUAUUCCCGAUUGUUUGAGCUGAUUUUGUCAAAUUUUCUGUUGAUUAAUUGUUUUAAUGUGAUACACCAACGGUAGAUAAAAUGAUUCCGAGAGAACUUUGGCUAAGCUGACCCUAAACCUGAAAAAAUAAAAUUGGUCAGACCCCACCUUUAACCUCAAGUAUUUGUUUAAUAUUCGCAUACGGAUCGGAGCAAGAUGGUGCACAAGUAUCAGUCUCCUGUCAGGGUUUAUAAACACCCAUUUGAGAUUGUUAUGGCGGCUUAUCAGAAGCGUUUCCCAACAUGCAAAAUGAUUCCAGUCUUCCUUGGAAGUGACAUUAUUAAUGAAUACAAAAGUGAGGAUGGUGCCAUUCAUGAUGUGGAAAGGAGAUGUAGGCUCAACGUUGAUGCACCUUACCUCCUGAAAAAGAUUGUUGGUGUGGAUCAUGUGAUAUUUAUACAGAAGAACUGCCUGGACAGAAGAAAUAGAACACUGAAAAUAUAUGCUCGCAACGAAAGCUUCUCAUCUCGAAUUGUCAUCAAUGAGACCUGUACAUACACAGUUCAUAAAGAAAAUUCGGAUUGGACCUGCUUUGAACAAGAAGCCAGUUUAGAUAUUAAAUCAUUCUUUGGUUUUGAAAAUACUGUGGAGAAAAUAGCAAUGAAGCAAUAUACUCAAAACAUUAAAAAGGGUAAAGAAGUGAUAGAGUACUAUAUCAAUGAGCUGCUGACAGAGGGAGUGACCAACAUCCCAAGGUGGACAUGUCCAGAUCACAUGGUGGCAGCAACAGGAAACCAGAGUGACAAGCAGUCGUCACAGGACAGCGGGGUGCGGUCAAGAUCUGGGAGUGUGUGCAGCACCACCAGUCAGCACAGUCACGGCAGCCUCAUCCUUGGGGCCACGGCAGCCUCAAUCACACCACAGGAUCAACUGACACACGUCAGGGAUCAACCAGUGGAGACUAUGGUGUGUUAUAGCGGGGAUAAGCUGGAUGCAGACUACAUUGAACGGUUCCUAGGCCAUCUCACCCUCGUACAGGAAUCACAGCUGGUCCAGCUGAGGCAGCUCCUGCAGCAAACACACAAGGGCAAGAUUCCAAAAGAUGCCCACAUUCUGCGUUUCUUACGGGCACGUGACUUCAACUUUGAGAAGGCACGUGAGAUGCUGGUACACUCUCUGGCUUGGCGGAAACUCCACAACAUUGAUCACCUCCUACACACAUACACUCCACCCGAUGUACUCACCAAGUACUACACUGGUGGAUGGCACUUCUCUGAUAAAGAUGGUCGACCCCUGUACGUUCUCAGGCUGGGACUGAUGGAUGUAAAGGGCUUGAUGAAGGCUGUUGGCGAGGAGAACCUGCUCAAACAUGUGUUGUGGGUGAAUGAGGAGGGACUACGCAGGGCUAGUGAGGCCACCAAGGCACGGGGACACCCAGUCAGUGGAAGUGAGGCUCUGGGUGCGUGUACCUGCAUAGUUGACCUGGAGGGUCUCAGCAUGCGGCAUCUGUGGAGGCCAGGAAUUAGGGCACUGUUACGCAUCAUUGAGAUUGUUGAGGCAAACUACCCAGAAACUAUGGGGCGGCUUCUCAUUGUGCGGGCCCCUCGUGUGUUCCCUGUUCUGUGGACGCUGAUAAGCCCGUUCAUUGAUGAGAACACAAGGAAGAAGUUUAUGAUCUAUGGAGGCAAUGAUUACCAGGGCCCUGGUGGCCUUGUAGAUUACAUUGAGAAGAAAUACAUACCGGACUUCCUGGAGGGAGAAUGUUAUUGUGAUGUCCCUGAGGGUGCGCUUGUGCCCAAGUCCUUGUACAAGGAGGAGUUUAUAGACCGGUCCCCGGACGAACCCCCACUCAAUGUGAACAACUCCCUCUACACUACAGCACAUAUCAUCAAGGACUAUCCCAAUGAGGUGUUGAUCAAUGUUCCACAGCGAGGCUGUGUGAUCACAUGGGACUUUGACAUCCUGAAGGGGGACAUGACUUUCACGGUGUUCCGAUGUAAGGCUGCACUGAACAAGGCCUCCAAUGAACAUGAGCACCACGUGGGUGGCCAUGUUGUUAGUGUCCAGUACAUCGACAAGGCCAUGCAGGUUGGCCCCGACCUCAGCAUUGUGGAGCCUCCACAUAUAUGCAGGGAUGGGGAUAGUGUGCAAGGUUCUCACGUGGUUAGCUCUGCCGGCAGUUACAUCCUUCAGUGGAAGUACUUUGACUCUACGAAGGCAUCGUUUGAGUUUUCCCUAUCCACCCACAAGUCCAAGGUCAUGUACCACACGGAGCUGCUGCUCUCCGAGGUCUUUAGAGGAUCGAUGUCUAGUCUGCAGUCGAGUACAAGCGGGUUUUCCUCCCUCAGUAUCGGCACAAACCAGAGUGUACCCCACUCACAUAACACUCGCAAACACUGAAAAAUGUGACCUCUCGCGAACAACAUUGUUCCUGCUCCGAAACUGCACCGCAUUAUACUCAACUUAUUCCAGUACAACAUUGUUGUGUAUUUUAUCAAGAUUUUAUACUCAGUACCCGGUACCUUGAAUUCAGACUAAUGUCAAGACAUCCAAUAUCAGAAUCUUGCAGUUGUUUAACAAGAAUAUAAUUGACAUACAUAUUGUAUAUGUAUUAAUUGACUUCCUGUCAAUAUGUUUAUGUAUUUAUGUAACAUCAUUCUAUGAGACUUUACUCUACAUGAUGAUAAUUAACUCAAUUCAUGUUUUCUAUGUUUACAUGAUUGUAAGGGCCAAAAUUGUUAGAUAAUUUAGUUAUAACCAGCAUGUCCAUUCGUUUUGCAUUCAGCGCACUUUCAAUGUAUUGAUCAUCUCCGACCUCAAUCUUCCAGUGUAGGGGGUUAGGCUAUAUAACACAAGCAGGAUUGGUUUGUAAAGAUAUGGGUGUUUUUAAAGAUAGCAACCUUUUCUAGUGAAAGGAUUUCUGUGGAACUACUUUCAUGUCUAACAUUGCUAUACUAGUCAUACACUCACUGUAAUUCUGGUUCUGCUUAAAAUGUUCCACAAUUCAGAUUUGAAAAAAACACACACAAUGUGCCAUAGAUUUAACACAAAAGGGGGUCGGGGGCAUGAUUCAAUUAAGGAGUUUUCAUGUUAGGAUUGGAAGCUUUCAAUUUGACACUAUCAAACUUUAGUAUAUCAGGGGGUUUUGCUGGGCAUUCGAAUAAAAAAGUUAGAAUAUAUUAAUGGCUUUGAAAACAAUUUCAACAUGGUUAAAAGGCCUCUUAACCCUGCUUGGGUCCAGAAUUCCUCAUACUGGAACUAAUAUUUGAGGAUGUUCAGGACCAGAACAUUUGGUGUGUUUAAAAUCAUCCCAAAUUAUCAUAAUUUAUUAUUGAUUUUCACUUUUUAUGGCCGUUGUAUUUUUAAUCCUUAAUGUACAUAGCUCCAACUAAAUUUUUACUUGUCUCUAUGUCAAGUCAUCAUGUUUUUUUUUGUUACCAGAGAAAUCAUAAUCAUAAAGGGAGAAAGGGAUUCUUUGGUUUCAUGCAUUCUGACCUCUUAAAUGUACUCACAAUGAAAUCAAUCUUUAUAUUUGCAUUAUUCUGUUUAUUUUAAUACAAAAAUAAGGUAUGAAUUAUUUAAGAUUAAAAAAAGUCUUUUUUCGUCUUGCUUUAAUCAGUAAAAAAGAAAGGCUUAUGUUUGAAAGGUCAGGUAGGACAUUUGUCCAACCAGAAUGCAGUAAUAAAAUAAACAAUGACAUGAUACUCCUAACUGUACGUGAUGUAAAUGACUGACCUUAACUUCUCAAGGCUAAUGGCUCCAGAUUUCUACAUUAAAUGUAUGUCAUGUCAAUACCUUCAGGUCAUAACAAUCAAAAAGUCCACAACUACGUGAACAGUUUAAAAUAAGUAUAUAAUUAUGAGUCAUAUCAUUUCAUUGAAACUGUUAAAUUUAAUUGACCUGUACUAUAAUGAAAAAAAUGUGACUCUGUGUUGUUUGUGGGUUUCAGAUCCAUUUUAAUCAUGAUACAAAUAUGCAUACAAGUAUUGUUUUGAAAACUUUCUAGGAUCACGACUGUGAACACAAUUGGAAACUUUGUGUGUAUGAUUGAGAAUGUUUUGGUUUCAGCUAUAUACUGGAGCUUGUUAUUAUGAAUUCUACCUUUUCUGAAUAUAUUUGCUGAUUGCAAGUAAAUGCAAGUUUGUUGCUAUAAAGUAAAGAUAAAAUUGUGAGGGGUUUUUCAAUCCAUUCUUACUGUUUUUGUCAUUGUGUUUUGUUUACUCCAUACUUUUUGUAUACAGUUUUGUAUAUGGGUGUGGACAGUUCUGUAAAUGGGUGUGUACAGUUCUGUAGAUGGUUAUGUACAGUUCUGUAGAUGGUUAUGUACAGUUCUGUAGAUGGUUAUGUACAGUUCUGUUUAUGGCUGUGUACAGUUCUGUAGUUGUUUAUGUACAGUUCUGUAGAUGGUUAUGUACAGUUCUGUAGAUGGUUAUGUACAGUUCUGUAUAUGGCUGUGUACAGUUCUGUAGAUGUUUAUGUACAGUUCUGUAGUUGUUUAUGUACAGUUCUGUAGAUGGUUAUGUACAGUUCUGUAGAUGGUUAUGUACAGUUCUGUAUAUGGCUGUGUACAGUUCUGUAGAUGUUUAUGUACAGUUCUGUAGAUGGUUAUGUUCAGUUCUGUAUAUGGCUGUGUACACUUCUGUAGUUGUUUAUGUACAGUUCUGUAGUUGUUAAUGUACAGUUCUGUAGAUGGUUAUGUACAGUUCUGUAGAUGUUUAUGUACAGUUCUGUAGAUGGUUAUGUACAGUUCUGUAUAUGGCUGUGUACAGUUCUGUAGAUGGUUAUGUACAGUUCUGUAUAUGGCUGUGUACACUUCUGUAGACGGUUAUCUUUUAAUCUGGAGUUUGUUGUAUGUUUUAAUGUGUAUACAAGUUAAAUCUACAUAGAAGUUUGCAAUUUUACUCUACAAUUACUAGUCCAUAUUUUGAGGUAUAUGUAUAUUAAGUUCUUGUUUUGUGUACAUGUAAUCACUGAAAGAGCUGUUUCAUCAACAUUUGUUUGUGUUGUAUAUACUACUAGUAUUUAUAAAAUCGUUGGAUCCUAACAAUUUAAAACAUAUCUUCCAUUUCAUGUCACAUCUACAGCAAUACCUCAUAUCCAAGCCCAAUCAUUUAAAAAUGUUACAAAUAUUGAACUGCAUUAUUUGUUUCAGUGUCAAAAAGUGAGUACAAUUAAUACUGCAAUGGUUCAGCAAAUGGAUUUUAUUUUCUCUGAAAACACAUUUUAAUUAACCCAUUAUUAUUUGACAGUUUGCCAUGCAAUUAAACUAUUUUUAUUUUUUUAAUCUGUAACACAAUUUCGACUACGUAAGUCUUCCAGGUUGUUACCCUGAUUUUUUUGUUACUAAGAAAUCGCAUAUAUAUAUAUAUACAUGCUGGUACAUACAUUUUUUCUAUAAUCAUUUAAGUACAUGUAUUUAAGCUAUAUAUCACUUUAUUUACACGAAAUUUUAAAUGUUCAUUUUCACUUUGCAUGUUUAUAUUUCUUUGUUGGACUCAUGAAAAUGGUUGCAAAAGUUGCCGGAAUGGUUGGCAUUACGUAUCAUCUCUUAGGAAAUACAUGCUCAUAUUAUUUUAGGAAAUACAUGCUCAUAUUAUUUUGUUAUAUUUAUGAUGACUUGAUCAUAUGAGAGAAAGAAAGAAACGUUUGUAUGAGAAAAAACAACACUAUUCUUUCCGAGUCAGGAUGUUAACCUACAGCAUUUCUAUCAAUUCAGGUAUGAUGUUAACUGUGUAUAUUAUUGUCUAUAAAUCACAUGACACAAGCUUGAUAGCACCUCCCAUUGAAUGAUCCUCAUGUUUCACCUUAGAAUGGAGAGGCUUUGAACACUGCAUGUCAAACCUUUGCAAGGUUAAUUCAUUAUGUGUACAAGAGGUUCGAAAUAUGACAUAGUCAUUUUUUGUUGAAGUGUCAGAACUUUAGUACUUACAAACAAUGUCUAAAUACCUGCCGGAGUACCUUUAAAACUGGUGUUGGGGCAGUAUUACCAUUUACACAUCAAUAACUCUGUUAACUUCAGGGGAGUUGCAGUGCUUUCAUAUAAUGUUUUGUUCGGAACACUUAAUGAUGAAGCAUGGUAAAAUUACAUGCCAGGAUUAUCUGAACAUGCUUUGUUCAUGCAAUAUCUUUUCUUUUUGAAAUACAAACGAAUUACAGUUGUUGAAAUUGUAAUACAGAAUGUAAUGCUGGUACAUGGGGUUUUGAGGCAAUAGCACUUAUGUUGUUGUUAAGUUUUUCCACAUGUUGUUUUAACUUGGAAUAGGCGUAUUGAUUUAGAGACAAUAGUUAUAUUAAUAUAUGUUAUUGUAAACUGUGACUUUGUUUUGCACAAAAUAGAACAUGAAGCUCAGAAUAAUCCUCCAUUGAUGGCGCAGUAACGAAGAAACCAAUUUAUUGUAAGGAACACAGAGUGUGCUGACAAAUUUCAACCACUACUUCAUCAGUAAAAGAAACAUUAAUAUUUGCAUGUAUUCUUGUGGUCUGUAAAAUACAAUGAUCUUGCAUUUUGUACUAAUCUCAUGUAUAGGUUUCCAUGAUCUUAACUUUAAAACUGCAUCCAAUUUUGUUGAUGUUUGAUCCAAAAUAAAUCCCACAAAUAAUU